UUGUUUGGGACCAAGAGGCUCUGGGCACUUAAAAGCAGAUUAAGCAGCCAAGUUCUGGAUAAGAAGCUAAGACCCCACAGGCUCCUGACCUGCCACUUCUGCCAAAUGAUUAUUCUGUUUACUGAGUGGGGCAGUGAGAAGUGAGGAGGAGGGAGGGACACCCCAUUCUGGAUGUAUAUAUAUGAGAGUCCCCAGUCCCUUUUCUUUAGCUGGGAGUGGAUCUCAGGAGCUUGUGACUGUUAGGAGUUAGUGGCUUGAAGAAGAAAUCAGCCAUGAUGAAGUGGCUAAUUAUUGCCCUUGUCUGCCUCCAACUUGCAGAGGCACAUAUCAUCAAGGUCCCUCUGAAGAGGUUCAAGUCCAUGAAGCAGGUGAUGAAGGAGAAAGGCGUGUGGCAAGACUUCCAGAAGAGCCACAAAAUGGACCCUGCCACCAAGUACUUCAACCAGUUUGCUGCUGGCUAUGAGCCCCUGGCCAACUACAUGGAUAUGUCCUACUAUGGGGAGAUCAGCAUCGGGACCCCACCCCAGAACUUCCUGGUGCUCUUUGACACUGGCUCCUCCAACCUGUGGGUGGCCUCCAUCUACUGCCAGAGCCAGGCCUGCACCAAUCACCCCCAGUUCAACCCCAGCAAGUCUUCCACCUACUCCAGCAAUGGACAGACCUUCUCCCUGCAGUAUGGAACAGGCAGCCUCACUGGAGUCUUUGGUUAUGACACUGUGACAAUCCAAGGCAUCUCCAUCACCAACCAGGAAUUUGGCCUGAGUGAGACUGAACCUGGCACCAACUUUGUGUAUGCCCAGUUUGAUGGGAUCCUGGGUCUGGCCUAUCCUGCCAUCAGCUCUGGUGGGGCCACCACUGUCAUGCAGGGCUUCCUGCAAGAGAACCUGCUCAAUUCCCCUGUCUUUGCCUUCUACCUUAGUGGCAAUGAGAAUUCCAACAAUGGUGGUGAAGUUGUUUUUGGAGGAGUGGACACCAGCAUGUACACUGGAGAUAUCUACUGGGCUCCUGUGACCGAAGAAGCUUACUGGCAGAUUGCCAUUAAUGGGUUCUCCAUUGGGGGCCAGGCUACUGGCUGGUGCUCUGGAGGUUGCCAGGCUAUUGUGGACACUGGCACUUCCCUCCUCACUGCCCCCCAGCAGAUCUUCUCUGAGCUGAUGCAGUACAUUGGAGCCCAGCAGGAUGAAAAUGGAUCUUAUUUGGUCAGUUGCAGCAAUACUCAGAGCAUGCCCACCAUCACCUUCAACAUCAAUGGUGUGGACUUCCCUCUACCUCCCUCUGCCUAUGUCCUUCCGAGCAACAGCAACUACUGCGAAGUCGGAAUUAUGCCCACUUACCUGCCUUCCCAGAAUGGCCAGCCCCUCUGGAUCCUUGGUGAUGUCUUCCUCAGGAACUACUACUCUAUCUAUGACCUUGGCAACAACAGAGUGGGCUUUGCCAACCUGGCCUAAGCUCUCCUUCUAGCUUUUAUCCAUUUGCCUGGCUCUUGGGGUUGCUCUCAACUCUUCUUCCCUUCCUCCUUCCAUUUGUCUUUCUGAAUAGAUUCUGGAUUGUCAAUGUCAGUUCUGGGAGUCUAUAAAUAAAAAUUCUAA